UUGUGUAAAUUAUUAUACAUAAACAAAGAUUAAUAAUAUUCUUUAUAUGCUUACCAUCAUAUACUAUACUUGCAGAUUUAGAUGUAGAUGCAGAUGUAGAUGCAGAUGGUAAAGUUUGCAAGAUAUCUUCCGUAAUAUGUAUAAUAUCGUCUUCUUUUAAUUUAUUGUAAUUUUGCUGCUUAUCUGUUAUAUCUAUUUUUCGUCUUUUUUUAAUAUGUUUGUAAUAUCCAGAGCUUCUCGUUGUAAUUCCAGGGUUUUUCGUGUAGCUUCUGACUGUGGUUAAUUAGUUGUGUUGUAUCAACAUUUUCUAUGGAUGUUUGCGCAAUCUGAGAUAUUAAUAUGAAGAACAAAUCAGUUACAAUUCUAACGAAAAGCUGACAGAAUAAUAAAAUAUGAUACGAAAGAAAUAAUGCGCAAUGAGUACCUCAUGUAAAUACUUUUCUAAAUUUUUUUGAAAUUUUCGUCGGAGUCCAAUGUUGGGUAUCAAAAUUUUCAGAUCUUCUUCUGUUAAAUUUGUAAACUCCUCGACUUCUAUUUCUUGAGCUAUAAAUGAGAAGCAUGUCAUGUAUUUGCCUACUUCCAAGAAUCAAAAAUCUUUCUCUCUCUCCCGCUCUCUCUCUCUCUCCCUCUCUCUCUCUCCUCGUCCGUAAGUAGAUACAGACGUGUUAUUGUGAGCUCCGUGUUUGAGGAUAUCUUUCUGCUAUUGGCUGCCCUUCGGGGCGUUUUGUUUCAGUACCAUUGGUCAGGCCUUCUUAAACUUGACUUGCUGCAUGUUUUUUGAGUCUUGUGGAGUGGACAUUGCUGAGAGGUGGUCUAAUUUUUGUGCUUGCUGGAUUGGAAUUUUUGGCGAGCUCCUGCCUGUUGUGAUCGGUUGGGUCAGGUCGUGGCUGUUUACGUGCUGUAGGAGAGGAUGGGCUGUUGAUUGGAGGAUCUGCUAUAAACAUCAGGAGCGUAUCGAGCGACUUCAUAUCAUGGCGACUCAAAGAGAUGAGGAUGAAAAAUGCAGUGGCGGUGAUUUGGACCUGAGGCUGAUUCGUGAGUCAGGUGUUUUGAGCGCGAUCGACAAUGAUACUAUGUCCAUUUCUAAAAUUAAUGAGCUAAAGUGUACUAUAAACUGUCACUGUGACACGGUAUCCAGAAUACUCUUAUCUGGUAAAGAUUCGCUUGAAAGAAGGUCUCAGGUUGAGUCUGCCUUUAGGGCUUGUAGGGAUGCAUUUCAAGAGGUAUCGACAGUUUUAAUGCACUUUCUUGAAAAUCAGUCAAGUCAAAAUUGUAAACCUGAGGAUGUGAAACGGGUAGUUAUGGAUGCUCUUAAAGCGAGCAGUUUAUUGCCAUCUGCUCAGGCUGGUGGGAGUGCUGGGGUGAAAACUUCAGUCCGGCCUGUCUCAUAUGCUGCAGCUGUUUCGAGUGGGCCUAAGGUUCAUGUGUCUGGAGGUCCAACUGUUACUGUGGAGUCAUCUUCUAGUUUCUUAAUUGUUUCUGACACCAGAAUUGUAAAUUGUACUACGUCUGCGGACACCAAAGAGGUACUCCGUAAGGUCUUCAAACGGGCUGAUUGUGCGCUAAGGAUAAAGAAGAUUACUCCGAUUAAGGGAAAUGGUAUACGUGUUGAGGCAUAUUCUCCAAACCUGGAAGAUAUCAAGAAGCAUCCUGGUCUUGUAAAAGCUGGUCUUAAAGUGCAAGAGAAUGUAAAAUACAACCCAAGAAUAGUUGUCUACGGCGUACCUGCUAACAUGUCAUCGAAUGAAAUUAGGGAGGAACUUAUUGCGCAGAAUGUGAAUGGCGACUUAAAUGCUGAGAUAAAAGUAGCGUACAAAUAUCCUACGAAGAACAAGAAUCUGACUAGUUGUGUUCUGGAGGUCUCGUCUGAGAUUCAAAAUUUAUUUUUCGCUAAUAGUCGUAUUUUCCUUAGAUAUGCGGCCUGCCGUUUUGCGGACCACGUUUGGAUUCCACAAUGCUACAAAUGCCUGGCAUUUGGGCACUUUGCGGCUAAAUGUAAUGAAAAUGCUCGAUGUGGUCACUGUACGGGAGAGCAUGAGACUAGAAACUGCAAUGAGCGUAGCAAGCCGCCGAAAUGUCACAAUUGUGCUCAAAAUAAAAGACUUGCAUCUGAGGACGAUGCAUAUUCUGCUAUGGAUGCUAAAAAAUGUCCAAUUUUGUGCAAGAAGAUUAAAGACAGAUUAACUAACAUAAAUUAUGGCUGACUUAAAUUCUGAUGCAGUUGACUUUGGUUAUUUGAAACUUUGUCAUGUUAAUUGUCAGUCUCUUUAUGCACAUUUCGAUGAAUUUGUUCAUUUUUUCAGAAGUAAAGAUUUCCAUGUAAUAUGUAUGUCUGAAACAUGGCUGAGACCCAUGAUCUCUGACAGCAUGGUAAAGUUACCGGGAUAUACUUUGUACAGGUGCGACCGACCUGAUAGAA